AUGGGGGAUAGAGACUUGAAGACCUAUGUCCACUGUCUGACGACGGAGUUGCACGGGUGUGUGGGGGAGAGCGAGGAGCGGACGUCCCUGCAGGCGCUGGCAGACGCACACUACGUCACAAUACUCUACAGAUGUGAUUACUUUGGAGCGAAUGGGAUCUGUGAUGUGGGGGACUGCACGUUUGUAGCAGAUGUCAGUAAAGGAUAUACAAAGAAGUCCUGCGACGAGAUGGCGAUGUACAUUAACUGCCUGAACAUUGAACUCUGGGAAUGUGGGCCGAAGACUCUGUAUGGAACCCAGGUAGAGUCUCAAGUGGAUUCCCUGAUGUUGGACUCCGAGCUGUUCUGCGGGUCGACUAAAGCAGGCGUGAUUCCUGUCAUGGCGCUUAUUCUGCUGACGUUAGCCGUUUAUGUUACUUAAAGGUGGAAAAUCAUAUUUCCAAUUUCUUAACUUGUUUUAUUUAUUUUAUUAUAGAAAAUACAUAUCACAAUAUGUUAUUUAUCCAUUUUAAAAAGGGAAUCUUCCAAAUUUGAUAUCGACCCUUCUUUGUGACCCGUGAAGAUCCGGUCUUCAGCAACCCAUGCUUGCCGUAAGAGGCAACUAACGGGAUCGGGUGAUCAGGCUCGCUGACUUGGUUAGGAAACUGACAAAUCUUGCACCUUUAAUCUGUUAUGAAUAAAAUCGAUUUAUACGCAAA